CUACCCCACCGCCACAAAUCGCCUUGGCAGCGCCUGUGGGUCGCUCGUCCCGCCGACCCCGCCCUGCACAGCCCCGCCCUCCUGAAGAGCGGCGGCAAACGGCGACGUGAUGUUGGGCGUCGGUGGCACGAAAGAGACGUUACGCGCCUGGGUGUGGCUGGAGUGGUCUGAUGCAAGGGAGGGGAGGGAGGGGACGGGUGGCGGGAAGGCAGAGAGGCCUGACGGGCCCGAGGGGCCGGGCGGGGAGCGGGGGGGAGGGCUCCUGUUCGACUUGGGUCUGUAGCCGCACCCGGUUAGGGUACACCAGAUGGAGAAGACCUGGUCCAUGAAGGGGGCUGAAUGAAACACACACACGUUCACAUGGACAACAGUGUAGUUGGCGAUAGGUGUGUUGCGUGGAUGGCUUCGUGAGUGUGAGUGAGUGAGCCUCCAGACAUACCUGUCGGGUCGAGGAUGGACGGCUCGUUGAAGUCGGCUGGGUCCUCGUCAGCCGAAUCUAACUCUGCGACCUGCUUACGACACUUGACCACCUGGAUGAACACAACACACAAGACAGCACAGAGCCUUGGCUUUGUCGCGUGGUCGUGUUUCCUGCCGUCAGCGAUAUAUACCCACCCGCUCAUAGAGGUUUGCGAGUCGAAGGCUGUACAGUCGCGCGUGGCCGCUGUGGCGAGCACCGCACGGAACACACUCACACUCCUGGAAAGAAAGAACAAACGCCAUACCCACCCACCCCAUGAGCAGGCGUCCCUCUCUCCCUCCCUCCCCUGUGCUUUCCCCCAGUAAGCAGGCCUAGCGUACCAUCCUCUGCAGCUCCUGGUCGAUGGCCAGCGACUCCCGCUCCAGACGAGCGACCUCCAGAUGGAUGGAGGCCAUGUCCGGGGCCGCCCGGGGGGUAAUGCUGCUGCCGAGUGGGCUGUUGCUGCAGUCGUGGCUGUCGCAGCCGUCAUGGCUCGCUGUCCUGGCACUCAAGGCGCUGCAGUCACCGGUCAUGUUCUGGGUGUCGGGGUCCCACAACCACCGCAACUGCGCAAAAGGAGCAGACAGAAGAAAGAUAAAGGGUGCCUUCUCCCUUUGUAGUCAAGUCAGCAGAGUGCCGAAUGUGUGCGCUUACGCACCUCUGCCUCGACCUUACACAGAGCCGCCUCGAAGGAGCGCAACUGGCCCUCCUGAGCAGAGAGCGAAAAAGCGAUACAGUAAGAACGUGCCUGUGCACUUCUGCUGUUUGUCGCUUACCACGUGUUGCGCGAGAGCGUGAUAUUUUUGCUCCUGCCUGUCCUCCGUCACCAAGCCCUCGGAUUUCAUUGUCGCUUCAACCAACGCCGAAAAAGAUCACAGGAAUGCAAUGCUAUCAAAAGAGCAGGGAGGGGCGCUACAAAC